AUGGACUCAGAUUCUACAGAAAUGAUGAACGAAAUCAAAAACAAAGUAAUAUUGCAUUGGAAUUAUCGAGACCUUGUGGAACUUCCAGAAGCAUUAAGGAUUUGUGGAAACCAUAUUCAAGAAAUAUAUUUAAAAAGGAAUAAGCUUACUACUUUACCUUCAUGGAUUAUGGAACUGUACAAUGUUACUAAUUUGUAUAUCUUUGGAAAUCUAAUUAAAGAAAUACCUCCAGAACUUUGUCAAAUGAGUCAGUUAAUAGUCCUUGAUUUGAGUCACAAUUGCUUGGAGCAAAUACCUCCUUGUAUAGGAAACUUAGUUAGUCUAAAGUCUUUAUUACUAAAUCAAAACCUUCUCAAGAAACUGCCAAUUGAAAUGAACCAAAUGCAUAACUUAGAAGUUUUGUCUAUCUCUGAAAAUGAAUUUGUUGCAUUGCCAGAAUGGAUUGGUUCUUUACCUAAAUUAAAGGAAUUAAAUGCAGAUUACAAUGAUUUAAAAGAACUUCCCAAUAGGUUGACUAUGUCAACCGAACUAUCACUAAUUUCUGUGUGUUCUAACAGCUUAAGGUAUUUGCCAUUGAAUGGAUUUGUAUCAUCUCCUUCUAUUAGAUUUGAUGCAAAUGUAUAUUUGAAUUAUUUGUCUUAUCCACUUCUAUAUCAAUUAAUUUCUCAAAAUCAAGACUCACUUAUAUAUGAUGAAAGAAAUGCUAUGGGUUAUGGGUAAAUAUUAAAAUUCUUUAUCAAUGUAAAAUUAAAUAAUGUAAUAAAUGCACCAUAUGAAGAGAAUACUGACUUCAUGAUUGAAUUACCACGUCAACUUUUGAAAGUUCAUAAUAUACACGAAAAUAUAGUUAUUUCUUUAUGGGAGUUAGCUUUGAGAAAAGUUUAUACUGAAAGGUAUAAACACACACUUAACAUUUCUACAUCACCUAUGAACAUAAACGUUCAAUAUGAACCAGUUGCAAUAAAAAAUUGCCAGAAACUUGAUUUUAGAAUAUUUUCCAUUAACUAUGCUCUGUGUGACUUGCUAAUGAAUGGACCAACUAGCAUCUGUGUAAAUUUUCAAUGUCAACAGCCAAUCUUUACAGAAGCAUGGGUUAUUGUUGGUGUGAGUCAUUAUGCAGAGUUUAUGACAACAGUUGCAUUAUGCUGUUGUAAAAGAUGUGCAUCUGAAUUUUCUAAACAUUCCAAUCUGACAGUCAGACAUAACUGGCAUUGUGUAAAUUAAUGAUAUAUUAUUUAGAAAA